UCCCACAAAUUUCAUUAAAUAAAACCAUGCUUCUAAUCUACACUUGUAAUUCAUUUCCUUUCAUCGUCGCCCAAAAACAUGUUUUCCAUUUCAACUCCUUUCCAGCCCCUGCUCUUUAAAUUCAAGCGUAAUUCUUCACCCAAACAUUAUAAAACCUUUGACCCGGAAAUUUCCCUUUGUCUCCGAACCCGGAAAACUAGUUUUCUUGGAGGGAUCUUGACCCCAAAAAUUGGGUUACAGGAUCGUCCAAGAACUAUGGUUCAAACUUCGGUGUUGAAGGACUCCGGGGACGGAGACGAUGCUAUUCAAGUGAUCAAAGUUGAACAAGAAGGUCUCAUCGAUGGAUCAAUACGGGUCCAAAGUUUAGAGCCCACUUUGAAUCGUCUGAGCGAGUGGUUGGUGGCGGCUUUGUUCGGAGGGGUGAUACUUUGGAGGCACAACGCUGAGGCUUUAUGGAUGGCGAUGGGUUCGAUUGUGAACGCGAUGCUCUCAGUUGCGCUGAAACAUGUGCUGAACCAGGAGUGGCCUAUGGCCGGGCUUAAGUCCGACCCGGGGAUGCCAUCAUCUCAUGCCCAAUCCAUUUUCUUCAUUGUCGUCUUUGCUAUAGCUUUAAUUUUGGAAUGGCUGGGAGUUAAUGAACUUUCUGUGAGCAUCUCCGUUCUGGCUCUGGCAUUCGGUUCAUAUUUUGUGGGUGCACACAUCCUUGGAAUUAGAGGGAUGAAGAAAGUGUUUGAUAAAAUGUGUGAGAAAUAAUAUGCAAAAAUUAAACAAAUGAAAGACUUAGCUUGGUG